CUCUUCUAUUUACCUUGGUAUAACUGAGCGAAUCUCCCUCAAAAGGUGCCUGAACGAUGUCUUUGAAGUGGCAAAGAUUGCACAUAUCCAAUCACGAAUCCGCUCCGCUUCUUCUGUUCAGAUAUUCGGUCUCCAAAGAUGAAUAUCAGUUGUAUAUAACUGACCUUACGUACAUCUGGUCUGAGUGUCUAACCCGCCAGCAUAUUUUGAGAAGAGCUGCUGAGAAUAGUACGACCAUCGACCCCAGCGAGGACCCAGAACAGCUCACUGUAUUAUUGCAGAAAAUAGGGGAGGGUCUCCGCAAUGAACCUGGAAACUGUACGGCGCUGAGCCAUGGACCAGGGAGCGAUUCUCUACAACUGAGCACCUCAACAAACUUACCAGCUCCGCUUCAGCCUUUGAACUGGAAUAUAUACCUGUCUAAAGAACCACAGUCCUCAUCGACUGCUCAAUUACUUCUUCCGCUGCUCAAAGCGGAGACCGGACGGGAGUCACGCCAACGGGGUCUAAUUGAACUACUUAACAAGAAAGAUUGGGUGCUGACGAAGCUAUUUGACAAACUCGAAGCCAUGGGAAUUGAUACCAGCACUGUUUUUCCUGGUAUCACUGGACUUCGAAGCAGUCACAAAGGCUCAAUGAUGUCACAAGCUGCUAAAUAUAUCAAAGGAGUAGCGCCUUUUGACGAGCAAGCCUGGCUAGAUGAGACCAACGCACUGUCUCUUGACCCCGGACUUGCAUCCACCCUUUUGGCAGAAACAUCGGGCUCUAGCAUUGAGGACAACGGCCAACAACUUGGACAUAUAAAACCAGCACCUGAAGGAUGGUGGAAAACGCUUUCAGCGACUAACGUUCCCACUACCAGCAAGUCGCCCAAGCAGAAGGAAUACAACCAAGCCGUAGAUUCCAGGCCCUCACAGGACUCAACACACCUGGAAACAACAGGUUAUGGUACGGAGACUGAAGAUGACGAAUUUGAACGACAAGAAACGCCCCCAAGGCUGAAACGUCGACCGACCUCCAAAGACAAAUCACCCUCCGCUCGGCUAGAUGAGGAAACAGAAAGCGACGACGAAGAUGUCAAAGGAAAACAAAGUCCAGUGAAAUCGCCUGCACCGCGAGAGAACCCCCCAGCAAAGCUCUCAAAUGGCCUUGGAAUAAUUGGAGGCAGGAAAAAACAGCCAUCAGCACAGGAAUCUCCGCAACCAUCAUCGCUGUCCUCACCAGAUGUUGACACACCGGUACUAGCUCCCAAAUCACCUCCACCUCGGCCCAACAGCGAAGAAACGGAGUCAGAGCCAGACGAAGACGGUCAACCUGCACCAUCAUCACCAGCGCCAUCCAAACCUCAACCUUCAGUUAUCCCACAAACGAAACGGCGCGGGCUAGGAGUGAUAGGUGGUCGAAAGAAAGAAAAGCAAGCCUUACCCCCCCUCCCAUCGCUGGAAUCCGAACCUUCAAGUAAGCCGCAGACCAAAACUCGCGGGCUAGGAGUGAUAGGCGGCAAGAAGAAGGAAAGGCAGACCUCACCACCACCACCGGCACAGUCCCCCGAGCCACAAACAACCGCCCCUAAGUCACACUCGCCGGCUCCCAAACAGCCAAAGGCAUUGUUGCCGCCACCCACCGAGCAAGAGAAAGAAGAAACAGAACAGGAAAAAGCGGACAGGAAGCGUGAUGAAUUGAAAAGACAACUUGAUGCAAAGAGCAAGGCUCCGACGAAGAAAAAACGGAAAUUCUAAGUAUCGAUCUUGGCAAGUAGCAUCAUUUGUCCUGGCUAUCUCUUGGGAUACCAUGAACGCGAUAAUUUGGGUUUCAGAACAGAACUACAAGAAAAUGAACGAGUUCUAUCUCGGGAUAAUUAGGACUUCAUCACACAUGAUUUCAAAGUUACUUUGGCUCCUUUGGGGCUGCGAUCUGUAUAGACUGAUGUCAGGGGGAGGUUUUGGUCAUGACUACAUAUUGGAGAAAUUGAUUCAGGGACAUAUUAUAUUCUGUAAAUGUUCGGAAGGACUAAAACAAAGGGUGUUAGAAGGUCCUGAAAGCGCACAAAUUUGUUCAUCUCUUUUGCAUACCAGGACCGUGUCCAGAGAAUGAGAUUUUAUGUACUAUAGCAAGCACAAGCCAUUCCUUCAACCGCGCGUUUUCCGACAUCGCAGGAU